AUGAUAAAGAACUGGUCUAACAGUCUAUUUUACGCUUGUUUGAUGACAUCUAAUAAAGGAGAGUUUGUGAUUGAUGAAGAUGAAAACAUUAUGUCAAUAGAGGUAAUAGGACAUGUACAUAGAGAGGUAACUAGUGAUUUAUUUCAACAGCGUAUGGGUGAUAAACACAUUUUGAUUUAG